CCUCAUCAAGAUCAUCAGCACCUGCUCCACCUUGGAUUUCAAGGCAUUGGUGCUUCAGUACAUGCCCAAUGGCAGCCUCGAGAGAUGGCUGUAUUCCCACAAUUACUGCUUGAGCCUACUGCAAAGGAUAAACAUAAUGUUGGACGUAGCAUCGGCACUGGACUACCUUCACCAUCACCAUCCUCAAGUCGUGUUGCAUUGUGAUCUAAAGCCAAGCAAUGUGCUAUUGGAUGAAGACAUGAACGCACAUGUGGGCGACUUUGGCAUUGCCAAAUUGUUGCUAGGUGACAGCAAAUCCAUGGUGUCAGCGAGCACACCAGGCACAAUUGGCUACAUUGCUCCAGAAUAUGGAUCGACCGGGAGAGUCUCGAGAAGUGUCGAUGUCUAUAGCUAUGGCAUUCUGCUGCUAGAGAUCAUUACAAGGAAGAAGCCAACCGACGCCAUGUUUGAAGGGGAAUCCAGCUUGAGGAAGUGGGUGUGUGAGGCGCAUCCCACUGCGGUGUUGGAUAUUGUUGACAACAAUCUCCUUAAAGAUGAGCAUGUUGACCCAAUCACUAGGCAUCAAUGCCUCUCAGCUUCCUUGGAACUGGGCUUGCUGUUGUGUUCUAAGGACUCACCCAAGGAUAGGAUCCUGAUGAAAGACGUCCUCCCCAGAUUGCAGAAGAUCAAGAAGAAUUACUUGUCAAAGCAACCUAGAGCCUAAAGAAUGGUACCAAGCAUUUGUAGUCGUGGCAUCUCCAGAGAGUGCUUGUCAUCGAAGGGCAAGCAGACACGUUGCUCUAUAGCUGCACAAGUAUGAUAGGUCAGUGACUGCAGAAGACCUCUGAAAAUAUUUCACUCUCCCUUUUUCCUACUUCAAAAGCCCCAGCUACUGCUAUUGUAGUCUUCGCUUCUGAUCUACUGUGUAAGUUACCUUAAUCCAGUUUGAUAGAACUGGACUCGUAAAAUUUCU